AUGACCGAUGACAAUGGCGAUCGAUCGAUCGACGAUGAAUGGACAACGGACAAACGGAUGGAUGGGCGAUGGUCACAAACCGACGACGGUUCUACCUCGAUAGCGGUCGCUGACCUUGGCGGCCGCAGCCGGGGACGCGACAACCGACGACUGGCGGUUGCGUGCUGCCGGCCUAAGCGCGACUCUGAAUGACAGACAGGCAUUCGGUCAGGACAGGCAAGGAGUACAGUGCAAUGUCGACAACGUCGUGGAGGCAAACGACCGGUUUCGGUUUCGGUUUCGGCUUCGGCUUCCUACUCUGAUGAGACAGGCAUUUAUAUAAAAAAACGCGCCGCCACGGACGACAUAAACAAACUACCGAACUGUCGUCCACAGCUGCGCCGAUACGCACUCGUGGUCACUACGUGGUCACUACAUGGUCACUCGAUCCGGCCUCACUUCGACAGAACUUUUGAUGACAACAGUGACACAUUUUGGCACAUGCUGUCUGGCCGUCCGGUACGACCUUGA